AUAUUAAUUGAAUUUGACAAUGGCACGACAUUAACAGCCGAACCAACAGGUCGAGCACAUCGAUCCAGAAACUACUUCCCCAAGGAAAUCGAUCUUCAAGUCCCCCAAGUACGAUGUGGCAACUGACAUGGACGUUUGCCUUGGCUUUCCUGCUGCUGGGUGGUGAUGCAAAGCCCUCUCAUCUACACUACAAUCACUUUGAUCCUCACCACGUGAACCAUUUUGACGGACAUCAUCUGAGCCACUUGGAUUCUCUGCAUGCUCUGCCGAGCCACUUGGAUUACGCGGUGCACGAAUCGGUUCUUCCUCCGCCAGCUCCUUUGCUGCCUGCGGUGGCUCCGCCACCAGCAUUUGCUCCUGCACCACCAGUAUUUGCUCCUCCACCUCCGGUUUAUGGACCUGCACCCCCUGCUCCUGUAUAUGCUCCACCUCAACCUGUAUUUGCUCCAGCUCCACUUUUACCGGCUCCUGCACCACUUCUGCCCGCUCCUGCACCAUUUUUGCCCGCUCCUGCACCACUUUUACCAGCUCCAGCUCCACUUCUGCCAGCUCCCGCUCCACUUCUACCAUCUCCACUUCCUGCGCCACUUCUACCAGCUCCUGCAUUUUUGCCAGAGUUUCAUGUGCCGAGUGUCACCCAUCAAGUGCUGCCACCCGUCCUGGAGGCGGUUCCCUUUGCACCCACCUAUCGUGCCAUUCCCGGACCGAAGACUACCACCCACCGCGUGUCCAUUGGCUACGCCUUCCCCAAGCUGCUGGCCGCCCCCCACGCCCAUCUGAAAGCCCUGCCCCUGAAGUUCGCUCAUCACCAUCACCACUCGCUGUGGUAGUCAUUCCCACCUCAGGGAUGAUGGAAACCUCACCAAA